CAGCCUGUUCGUUUUAUAAUCUACCUGUUUUAUAAGGACGGUGACAGCUCCAGAGAUUACUUUUCUAGCCAAGUGACAGGCUGGACUGUCGAAUCCAAUGUGCUGCUGGUCAGGACAGGUGUUACAGAAGAGGAGAGUGCUAGAGAACUGCAGAAAAAUAAGACUAGAUCACCUGUAAGCAGACUGACGGUGGAUAUCGUGGAACUGGAAGCUCUCAGAAAGUCUGUGGAGGAUUUUUUCUGCUUUUGCUAUGGUAAAGCUUUAGGAAAGUCAACAGUGGUACCUGUGCCGUAUGAGAAGAUUCAGAGGGACCAGUCUGCUGUGGUAGUGCAGGGCCUGCCCAAGGGACUUGAGUUUAAACAUCCGGCAAAUUAUGACGUUUCAACCUUGAAAUGGAUUUUAGAAAACAAGUCGGGGAUCUCCUUUAUCAUCAAAAGGCCUUUCCUAGAGCCAAAGAAACACCUUGCGGGAAGAGCUCAUACGACAGAUCCUUCAAGUUCAAUUAUAUCUCCAGGUGGAAGUUGUCAUAUUCAAGUGAAAACAGAACCAAACGAGGAUUCUGGAAUUUCUUUGGAACCAGGAACAGUAACAGUGAAGGAGGAAUCCGAUGAUCCUGACUACUAUCAGUAUAAUAGCCAAGGUAAUUAUGCUAAUUUUCACGUGUUUAUCUCCUGA